AUGCAGCUGCCCAGGCUAGUGCCAGCCGGGUUUAUGUUUGUUUGGAUCGAGAAAGAACACACUCCGGGACUGUUUGCGCUCAUGGCGGACUGGGGCUUGACGUAUGUGGAGAACCUGUGUGUGCGCGAGAGAGGCGUCAACGGCAAACCCAACGGCCAGGAGGGACGGUUCAUGAAGCGUGCAAAGAGUACUUGUUAUAUUUUUAGAAAGGUAG